AUGGAGUCGGAUAAAGAGCGAUCGCCGCCCCAGCCGGAGGAGCCUGUCAACUCAAUUGAGGAUGACAGCUCCGUUACGGAGGAGCAAUGGAAGGCCAUGAUGGAUGUCACCAUGGCUAUUUACGAUUUCAGAGAGUCAGAUGACCACGACCCGUCGCGAUUGUUCCAUCGCAGCGUCAACAAGCGCAUCGUCCCGGAUUAUUAUGAUAUUAUCAAGGAGCCCAUGGCGCUCAGUAUUCUAAAGCAAAGGAUUAACAAGCGCGAGUACAAGACCUUUUCGGCUUUUGUUCGCGACUGUGCCUUGAUCCCCCACAACGCGCAGACCUACAAUCGACCCAAGUCUCAAGCUUAUGAAGAUGCGCUCGUCAUCAAGGAUGUCUUUUCUACAGAACUCAAGAAGAUCGCUGCAACAGGCGUGAUCACUGACGAGGAAGCCUUACUUCCGGACCUAGGAGAAAUCCCCGAAGCGGAUCCCUUGCCAGACGAUGAUGAUGACGACGAAGAGGAAGAGGAAGGAGGAGAGGGUGAAGAAGAUGACGAUGACGAUUCCGACGAUGAAGGUCGACGAAGAAAGAAGCCUGGCCCGAAACCAGGUGCUAAGCGUGGGAUGAAGGAUUCCCAGAAGAACGAGACCGAUCCUCGAAAGAAGCGUGGUCGACCUCCGCGCGUCGACACCCCCAUGGAAACCCGCAUCAAAACCAUCCUCAAAGGGAUUCGAAAGUUCAAAAGUGCAGGAGGCCAUCUGAAAAUCAUUCACUUUGAAAGAUUGCCCGACAAGGCUGCUUAUCCGGACUACUACGUGGAAACCAAGGAGCCGAUCGCGAUUGAUAUAAUAAAGCGCAAAUCGAAACGCAAGAAGUAUAACUCGGUCGACCACUUCAUGCGGGACUUGGAUCUCAUGUUCAACAAUGCGAAGGAGUAUAAUCAAUCCGAUAGUCAGAUCUACCAAGAUGCCGUGGAUCUGCAGAACGAAUCGCGGAAAUUGGCUGAACAGGAAAAGAAGAAGCCUGAUAGCGAAUAUCUCAUGGAAGACGGGCGAUUCCCAUUACCCGAUGGGAUCUUGCAUCGGGGCGAGUUGUGGAAAGUUGGUGAUUGGGUGCAUAUCCAAAACACAAAUGAUGUGUCUAAACCCAUUGUUGCGCAGAUCUAUCGGACUUGGCAAGACGGAGAGGGUGAGAAGUGGAUCAACGCUUGCUGGUAUUACCGCCCCGAGCAGACAGUGCAUCACUUUGAGAAGCACUUCUAUCCGAACGAGGUGGUGAAGACGGGUCAGUACCGUGAUCACAGAAUUGAUGAGAUCGUCGACCGUUGCUUUGUGAUGUUCUUCACGCGGUACAGCCGUGGGCGUCCUCGAGACCUCGCCCCCGACAAGGAGAUCUAUGUCUGCGAGGCGCGCUAUAAUGAAGAAAAGCAUAAGCUGAACAAGAUCAAAACCUGGGCCAGUUGUUUACCCGACGAAGUCCGCGAGAAGGACUACGAGAUGGACCUUUUCGAUGUGCCACGGAAAAUCAGAAAGGUGCCAACGCCAAUCAAGCAUCUUCUAAAGGAAGAUGCGAAGGAAACAGAUGAUCUCCCACGUCCAACAUGGGGAGCCGACAAUGCACCGCCCGUUGUGGGCGCUGUUCACCGUCGGCCUCGAGACGAGAAUGAAUCACCUCCCCCAGAGCCCACGCCUUCACCACCGCCUUCUCUUCCCCCAGUUCCCAUGGUUUCAGCCACACCUCGACAAUCCAUGGGCCAACCUCUUCCAGGAACUGGCAUGGGUAAUAUCGCGACCCCUCAACUCCAGGCAGCUUCUCCUUCAGCCCCAGUCAUGGCCCCAACAUCCGCAAUCCCUGUGCCCCCGGUUGCGUAUCAGAGCCCAAUGAACCCACAAAUGUACCAAGGGCCCAAUCCACGCCGGCCCAGCAACUUCGUCCCACAAACCCCGACUGCAGGAUACGCUCAUACUCAUGCUCAUGCUCACGUCCACGCUCAACCCUCACCAGCAAUGCACCCAUACCCAGUCGCGCAACCCACUCCCUACGCAUACCCGCCGCGCCACGGCUCCAUCGGCGCACCAGCAUACAACCCCAACGCCCCGCGUCCAAUCGAAGUAUACCACCUCAACGACGCCGCCAACGCCGCCAUCCCCCCCUCAAUCCGCUCCCAAUUCCACUGCAACGACCACGGCCAAGUCCUCUUCUUUUCAACCCCACCGCUAGACAUGAUAAAGCCCACACGUCCCAACCUAACCCACUCUCUCAAAUACCUCGCCUCAAAAGAAGACCGCCAGAAGAAAGUCGCCGAGCACAAGCGCAAACGCGACGCAGCCGCGCAGCAGCUCUCAUCAGCCGCAAAACGGCAACGCGCAGACGAAGAAACAGCCCUCGCAUCUCGCAUCGAGGCCCUGGCCCCGAAAGCAAUUACCGCCAUGGUGAGAGAGAUUGCGUCUGGAACGGAUCAGCUUUAUAAUCUUCUCUACGAAGAGAAGGCUGAUUCGGCUAGGGCGGCGGAUAUCGAAACGCGCGAUAGUCGGAUGAAUGUUGAUCGGGAGAAUCAUUACCAUACGGCCGAGAUUCAGGCCCGCUCUGCUAAUACCGGAUUUGUGAAUCUCAAGGGUGAUGCCAUGUACCUGGGCCAAGACCAAGACCAAAACCAAAACCAAGGCCAAGGCCGCGGGGAAUAG